CUGAUUGGCUGCCGCGGGCGCCUCGCGGGCUGAUGGCUGUGAAGGUGGCGCCGGUUGAUGGUUGACCAGACGCUGGGUCCAGGCUCGGGGUCGCUGCGCGUGCGACCGGCUUACGCAGGACAGGGAGAGCGCGGACUGCUGCAGCUCAACCUGGAAGCCACCGGCGAGACCAGGCUCCGCCCGGCCAUGCCAGCCGGGAGCAACGAGCCGGACGGCGUCCUCAGCUAUCAGAGACCGGAUGAGGAAGCUGUGGUGGAUCAGGGUGGGACCAGCUCAGUUCUCAACAUUCACUAUGAGAAGGAAGAGUUGGAAGGUCACAGAACUCUGUAUGUCGGGGUUCGGAUGCCGCUGGGCCGGCAGAGCCAUCGCCACCACCGCACUCAUGGCCAGAAGCACCGCAGACGAGGCGGCAGCGGUGGCGGGCGGGGCAAAGGAGCCAGCCAGGGCGAGGAAGGCGCUGAAGCCUUGGCCCACGACACCCCGUCCCAGCGCGUUCAGUUCAUUCUUGGCACAGAGGAUGACGACGAGCACGCGCCUCACGAGCUGUUUACAGAGCUGGACGAGAUCUGCAUGAAAGAGGGAGAAGAUGCUGAGUGGAAGGAGACAGCCAGGUGGCUGAAGUUCGAGGAGGAUGUUGAGGAUGGAGGGGAGCGCUGGAGCAAGCCCUACGUGGCGACCCUUUCCCUGCACAGCCUGUUUGAGCUGAGGAGCUGCCUCAUCAACGGCACUGUCCUUCUGGACAUGCGCGCAAAUAGCAUCGAGGAAAUCUCGGACCUGAUAUUGGACCAACAAGAACUGUUCAGCGACCUGAGUGACAGUAUGAGGGUUAAAGUGCGGGAAGCCCUUCUCAAAAAACACCACCAUCAGAAUGAGAAGAGGAGGAACAACCUCAUCCCCAUUGUCCGCUCCUUCGCUGAGGUUGGCAAGAAGCAGUCAGACCCUCACUCCAUGGAUAGAGACGGGCAAACUGUAUCUCCACAGUCUGCUCCAGCUACAAGCCUGGAAGUGAAAAAUGGAGUGAACUGUGAACACAGCCCUGUGGAUCUAAGCAAGGUGGAUCUUCAUUUCAUGAAAAAAAUUCCCACUGGGGCAGAGGCCUCCAACGUCCUGGUUGGAGAGGUGGACACUCUGGACCGGCCCAUCGUCGCUUUCGUGAGGCUGUCCCCAGCCGUGCUCCUCUCGGGCCUGACAGAGGUGCCCAUCCCAACAAGGUUUUUGUUUAUCUUAUUGGGUCCAGUAGGAAAAGGCCAGCAGUACCAUGAGAUUGGCAGGUCCAUGGCCACCAUCAUGACAGACGAGAUUUUUCAUGACGUAGCCUAUAAAGCAAAGGAGCGAGAUGACCUCCUGGCAGGAAUCGAUGAGUUCCUGGACCAGGUGACGGUGCUCCCUCCCGGCGAGUGGGACCCAUCCAUCAGAAUUGAGCCACCCAAGAGCGUCCCUUCCCAGGAGAAAAGGAAAAUGCCUGGAGUUCCAAACGGAAACAUUUGCCACAUGGAACCAGAACCACACGGCGGGCACAGUGGUCCAGAACUUGAGCGGACUGGGCGGCUGUUCGGGGGCUUGCUGCUGGAUGUCAAACGCAAGGCCCCCUGGUACUGGAGUGACUACCGCGAUGCACUCAGCUUGCAGUGCCUGGCUUCCUUCCUGUUCCUGUACUGCGCCUGCAUGUCUCCUGUCAUCACCUUUGGGGGACUGCUUGGAGAAGCCACUGAAGGACGCAUUAGUGCAAUCGAGUCCCUGUUUGGCGCGUCCAUGACUGGGAUCGCCUACUCUCUGUUUGCUGGGCAGCCUCUCACCAUCCUGGGAAGUACCGGGCCCGUGCUGGUGUUCGAAAAGAUCCUGUUCAAGUUCUGCAAGGACUACGCCCUCUCGUACCUCUCCCUGCGCACAUGCAUCGGCCUGUGGACCGCCUUCCUGUGCAUCGUCCUUGUGGCCACGGAUGCCAGCUCCCUCGUCUGCUACAUCACCCGCUUCACCGAGGAGGCGUUUGCCUCCCUCAUCUGCAUCAUUUUCAUCUACGAAGCGAUAGAAAAGCUGAUUCACCUGGCGGAGGUCUACCCCGUCCACAUGCACAGCCAGCUGGACCGCCUCAGCCUCUACUACUGCAGGUGCGCGCUCCCCGAGAAUCCAAGCAACCACACCCUGCAGUACUGGAAGGACCACAACAUCGUCACUGCAGAAGUGAGCUGGCCAAACCUCACUGUCAGUGAGUGCCAGGAGAUGCACGGAGAGUUCGCGGGGCCGGCGUGCGGCCAGCACGGGCCCUACACCCCGGACGUGCUCUUCUGGUCCUGCAUCCUCUUCUUCACCACGUUCAUCCUCUCAAGCACCUUAAAGACGUUUAAGACGAGCCGCUAUUUCCCAACGAGAGUGCGCUCCAUGGUGAGUGACUUCGCUGUCUUCCUUACCAUCUUCACCAUGGUCAUUGUUGACUUUUUGAUUGGAGUCCCGUCGCCAAAGCUCCAGGUCCCCAGCGUAUUCAAGCCGACUAGGGAUGACCGCGGGUGGUUUAUCAGCCCCAUUGGCCCGAACCCCUGGUGGACUGUGAUCGCGGCAGUUGUGCCAGCACUCCUGUGCACCAUCCUCAUCUUCAUGGACCAGCAGAUCACGGCCGUCAUCAUCAACAGGAAGGAGCACAAGCUCAAGAAAGGCUGCGGUUACCAUCUGGACCUGCUGAUGGUGGCCGCCAUGCUGGGUGUCUGCUCCAUCAUGGGCCUGCCUUGGUUUGUGGCUGCCACCGUCCUGUCCAUCACACACGUGAACAGCCUCAAGCUCGAGUCUGAAUGCUCGGCCCCAGGGGAGCAGCCCAAGUUCCUGGGCAUCCGGGAGCAGAGAGUGACCGGCCUCAUGAUCUUUGUGCUCAUGGGCUGCUCGGUGUUCAUGACCACGGUCUUACAGUUUAUCCCGAUGCCUGUGCUCUACGGAGUUUUCCUCUACAUGGGAGUCUCUUCCCUACAAGGAAUCCAGUUCUUCGACCGCCUGAAGCUUCUCGGGAUGCCUGCGAAGCACCAGCCGGAUUUCAUCUACCUGCGGCACGUGCCGCUGCGCAAGGUGCACCUCUUCACCCUGGUGCAGUUCACCUGCCUGGUCCUGCUCUGGGUCAUCAAGGCCUCGCCAGCCGCCAUCGUUUUCCCGAUGAUGGUCCUGGCCUUGGUCUUCGUCAGGAAAGUCAUGGACCUCUGCUUCUCCAAGCGCGAGCUGAGCUGGCUGGAUGACCUCAUGCCUGAGAGCAAAAAGAAGAAGCUGGACGACGCCAAGAAGAAGGCGAAGGAGGAGGAGGAGGCUGAGAAGAUGCUGGGUGUCGUUGUGGGGGGUGAUAAAUUCCCGCUGGAGAGCAGGAAGCUGCUAAGCAGUCCUGGCAAGAACAACAUCAGCUUUGAUUUCAGAUGUGACCCUUCGGAGAUUAAUAUAUCAGAUGAAAUGCCUAAAACCACGGUCUGGAAGGCUCUCAGUAUAAAUCCUGGGACUACAAAGGAGAAAAGCCUCUUCAAUUGAGUCUCUGCUGGGGAGGAAGACCCGGGCCGUGAGGGCCUCAGAGAAGCUCUGGUUUUCAAGAAAGGGUGAGUCUCUCCGAGAAGAAGCCGGGCUGAGUCUGGACCUGUUGUUGGUCAUCUCAAAGCCAUGCCCCAUGGAAGCAUUCAGUCACUGUCGUGUGCACUGUGGAGGACAGCGGCGACCUGCACACCACAGCCGGGCACCAGCGGGUCCCAGCACCACCACCUCCCGUGCUUCCUUUCUUCUGUCUCUCAGAACCACCGCCACCAUUAAAGAGCCAGCUCCCCAUUUUCCAGACAUUCCCUCUGAUAUUCUCUGUUGGCCUGGUAAGUCACA